GAAUCGGGGUCCUAAACGGGUUGGGUCGGAACAGGGGGAGCUACGUUCCCGCACGUGACACUACUCAUUCUCCUUUGCCAAAAUUUCUUCUCUCCUCCUCGCCGUUACGGCUUACCCUCGUCCUUUCCCGUUCACGCAAGAAAGAAAAAUCAACAGGAUAAGAGAAGCCCAUUUGUAGAAGACAAAUCGGAGAUCUGGGGGAAAAAAACCGGGCAGAAUCAGAUCUGUCGGGAUCCGAGGCCAAUAUUUUCCGGUUGAUCCAAGCAGGCGCAUUUAUCUCAGCAUAAGUCGAAGAGGAAAAAAUGAUGAAUAUAUUCAGAUUAGCAGGGGACAUGACCCAUCUCGCCAGUGUUCUUGUUUUGCUCCUCAAGAUCCACACCAUUAAAUCCUGCGCCGGCAUUUCUCUGAAGACUCAAGAGCUCUAUGCUAUUGUCUUUGCAACUCGCUACUUGGAUAUAUUUACGGAUUUCAUCUCACUUUAUAACACUUUGAUGAAGCUAAUAUUCCUGGGAAGCUCUUUCUCAAUUGUCUGGUACAUAAGGCAUCACAAGAUUGUCCGGCGAUCUUAUGAUAAAGAGCAAGACACCUUCCGUCAUCUUUUUCUUAUAUUGCCUUGCUUUCUUUUGGCCCUCGUUAUAAACGAGAAAUUCACUUUCAAAGAGGUGAUGUGGACAUUUUCCUUGUAUUUGGAAGCUGUUGCCAUACUUCCUCAGCUGGUCUUGUUGCAAAGGUCAAGAAAUAUUGACAACUUGACGGGGCAAUAUGUUGUUCUUCUUGGGGCAUACCGAGCCUUGUACAUUUUAAACUGGAUCUAUCGCUACUUCACUGAGCCUCACUAUGUCCAUUGGAUAGCUUGGCUAUCAGGGCUUGUUCAGACAUUGCUUUAUGCUGAUUUCUUCUAUUAUUACUUCCAAAGCUGGAAGAACAAUGUGAAGCUCCAGUUACCCGCUUGAACUGAAUUCAGCAUGUCUUCUGAAAUGAAAGACUUUCAAGAAAGCUCUACGCAUCAAUGUAUUAAUCUUUUUUUUUUGGAACCAAAUCAAUGUACGUAUUAAUCUAGUUACCGGUUCUUGGCCUAUUUGUUCUGUUUCCACUCCGUCUGAUGGUAAAUUUUAGCGGGUAUGUUAAGCACUGGAACUUGUCAUUGAUUUUUUCGAAAGGAACUGGAGAUUUAAAUCCCAAAUACCAAAUUGUUUGCAGCA